UCAGCUGUGUCCAAUCACAGCUGAUCACUGAUCAUCAGGGCACUGACGAUCAGUGUGCCCUGAUGAUCUGUGUAGCACCAGCAGUGCCACCUGUCAGUGUACGUCAGUGCCAGCUCUCAGUGCUCAUCCAUGCCACCUGUCAGUGCCCAUCAGUGCCACAUCAGUGCCCAUCAGUGCCACAUAUCAGUGCCCAUCUGAGCUGCCUUUCAGUGUCACCCAUCAGUGCCAGUCAGUGCCACCUAUCAAUGCCAGUCAGUGCCACAUAUCAGUGCUGCCAAUCAGUGCCACCUAUCAGUGCCAGUCAGUGCCGCCUAUCAGUGCUGCCUAACAGUGCCAGUCAGUGCCGCCUAACAGUGCCAGUCAGUGCCACCUAUCAG